CCAGCGGUGGAUCGUCAUCUGGAAAGCAUCAAACACAAAAGGUCCCAAUUUUACACCUCUCUUGCGAUCAAAUCUAUUCCAAAUUCAACCACCAUGGCUCUGAUUCCAAGCAUUUUUGGUGGCCGCCGGAGCAACGUCUUCGAUCCCUUCUCUUUAGACAUUUGGGAUCCAUUUGAAGGCUUCCCAUUUUCAUCCUCUCUGGCCAACAUCCCAUCCUCUGCUCGUGAAACCUCUGCCUUUGCCAACACUCGCAUCGACUGGAAAGAAACCCCAGAAGCCCACAUCUUCAAGGCCGAUCUCCCCGGUAUCAAAAAGGAAGAAGUCAAAGUUGAAGUGGAAGAAGGCAGAGUGCUGCAAAUCAGUGGGGAGAGAAGCAAAGAGCAAGAGGAGAAGAACGACAAAUGGCAUAGAGUCGAACGAAGCAGUGGAAAGUUCAUGAGGAGAUUUAGGCUGCCGGAGAAUGCUAAAGUUGAGGAGGUGAAGGCCAACAUGGAGAACGGAGUGCUGACGGUGACAGUGCCCAAAAUGGAAGAGAAGAAGCCAGAAAUCAAGACAAUUGACAUCUCCGGCUAGGCAUCACAUGGGUCCUUCUGAGCUCUGUGUUCUGCGUUCUUCCUAUGUUUGUUAAAUAAAUUGUGGAAGAAUGAGUUUUGAUGGUGUGUUCUACAAUGUUUAUAACUUUGUAUAAUGGAAAGUCUUUGGCUGUAUUUUAUGAGAAUAAAUAUAAUCUAAAGUUGUUUCUUAA